CUUCCAUUCCUUCACUCUCCAUGUUGUCUAGACGUGCUUUCCUCGCCGUCGUAUCCGCCGUACUCUUUAGCAGCGCGUCCGUCCACGGCGUCUCCGUUUCCUUCAACCGCGUCUCAUCCUCUUCCUCUGAGCCAGGUUACUCAGAAAACUUCAAAAUCCCAUCAGGGAGCGAAAAAGACCAAGACGGGGAUAACGUCUUCCAAUAUACGAACUCGAAUAACGUAACGGGUUCGGACAUUUAUGUUGCGAGUUUGAGUAUAGAUGGGAGUGAGUUUGAGGUGCAGUUGGAUACGGGGAGUAGUGAUUUGUGGAUUGAUACGACGGGGUUGGAUUUGAGUCGGUUGACGAAUACGGGGGUGCAGACGGGUUUGACGUAUGGAGACGGUACGGUUGCGCAGGGGCCUGUGUACGUUGGUCCGAUUACUUUUGGGAACUUUACAGUCAACUCUGCAUUCAUCUCUGCCCCAGGAACGAACGCAACGACGAACCAAGACAAAGGUCUCCUCGGCGUCGGCCCUCCCCAACUCUCCUCCAUCACCCAAGCACUCGCCAAGACACCCUACGAAUCAUUCAGCAACACACUCCUCGGGAGUAUCUUCGCAGCCAACUCGUCCCUUCCGCAAUUCACUACCUUCUCCCUCUCGCGGUCCUUCGCGACGGGUAAGACUGAUGGUGGAGUCUUCACUGUCGGCGAGGUACCCGGGAACUUGAGUGGGAUUCUGCAAGCGCCGAAGUUGAAUGUCGUGAGUAGUGACAGGUGGAUUGUGUUAAUGGAUGGGAUUACGGUGAAUGGGAGGAGUGUUAGUGGUGGGAGCUCUUUCGAAGCACCAGGCCAAACGUCCUCACAAACCCUCGUCAACCUCGACACCGGUACCUCCCUCGGCCAAAUCCCACAAGAAUACGCUCAAGUCAUCUACGGCUCCGUCCCCGGUUCGCAAAUCGUCCGUUCCUCAGGAGUCUACAUCCUCCCCUGCAACACAAAACUCAACGUAUCCUUCAUUUUCUCCGGUUCGGAGUACCCAGUCCAUCCUAUCGAUACUGUUGCGGCUACCACUGAUGACGCAGGUGGUGUGCUGUGUUAUUCGGGUUUCACGUUUGGGACGAGUGGGAGUGAGGAUUUUCUGUUGGGGGAUAGUUUUUUGAGGAAUGUGUUUAGUUUGUAUGAUUAUGGGAGGUUUUUUAAUGAGAGUGCGACGCCGUAUGUGCAGUUGCUUUCGACUACGGAUAAGAACCAAGCAUACGCAGAGUUUGAUACGCUCUCGCAACAACGGAACCAGACGCUCCGCUCGAGCCAGUCUUCGGGCGGUGGUUCUGGAUCUAGUGGAGCGGUGUUAUCUACGGGAGGUGUACGUCUUGUGUCGGUAGUGCUUGCGGGUGCUGCGCUCGUACUCGGCUCGAUUUUCGUCGUAUAGCAUGGUAGUGGUACGGAAAUCGCGCUUUCGUUUGAACUUUGUCUUGGGACGUGCAUGGUACAUUAUUAUGUACCUAGCGUACAUAAAACUGUUUGCUGUACUUACAGCUCCUGUCUCGCAUAUGGAUAGGUGGAUGGAUAAUUGGAUAUUUCUGCCGUGCUUCAAAGCUGGGACUGGGGCUUGUUUGGAUGACUGUAUAUUAUAUAUUAACUUGUUUCUUUUUACAACUACAUACGUAUUACAUACUCAUACAUACAAUCCACGUUUCUU